UACGACGAUCUGUAGGCGUUUAUUUAACGAAAGCGUCGAGGAAAAAUGAGUAAAAAUGAUGUUUUUAAGAGCAAGGAAUUCAGAGAUAAAGAGUCGAAAUUAAGGGAGAAUUUGCGACUAUCGAAUGCUCAAGAACUUAUUGGAGAUUUUGUACGGCUUUUAGAAGAAAAACUCUUCUGUGAUGUGACAUUUACUGUCGAAGAUGUUGAAUUUUCGGCCCAUGUGUCGAUUUUACAAGCUAGAGCUCCCAAAUUCAGCAAGCAUUUUCUACCCAACUUAUCAUCUCCAUCGGUACAGUCUUGUAUAAAUAUACACAAUUUACAGUCAGACAARUUUUCAGGCUUCUUAAGAUCUGUUUAUGCUGAAAAUGUUGUACAAGAUUAUUCUGAGGUCGAUUAUCCUUGGACUGAAAGUCCACUAGUUAAAAACAUGAAGAAUGAAUUUGAGGAUAGUUUGGAUGAUUGUGAAGAUCAUGUACAGAAUAAACAAAGUGAAAAUGAUGAAGUUAGCAAUGCAAAUGACAAUAACUUGCAAACACAGACAAAGUGUUCCUCUAUUGAUGCUUGCUGCAAAAUUGGACAAGAUUUGAUCAACUUAGUAAAUGAUUCUAAAUCAAGUGAUAUUACAUUUACUUUGAAUGAUAAUCAAAAAGUCAAAGCUCACAGGGCAAUACUCUGUGCUAGGUCAAAUUAUUUUUCUGCAAUGCUGUUUGGUGACUGGUCUGAGAAGGAAGCCACUGAAAUUCCUCUCUUAGGGAUAAGCCAUCAAGCCUUUCUGGUUGUAUUAUAUUUUCUGUAUGGUGGAAUUACAAACAUCCCCUUGGAUAAUGCUAAUGAUAUCUGUGAUGUCCUCUACUUGGCUGACAUGUAUGGUUUAGAAGGACUAAAAGAAGUUGUGAUAUGUGARCUAAAGCUCAUGAAAUGUCAUUUGUUCCAUAAGCCAUGUCCAGAAUGCCUUGCAGGAGUGCUAGAGUGUCUUGAGUUGUCUGAAGUGUUUCACUUAGAAGAACUGCAGAAACAAUGCUUAAAGUGGACUGUACGAUACUUUGAUCGUGUUUACAAUACAAAGUCGUUUGGCUAUUUGAGUCCAAAGUUGCAAGAAAUCAUUCAGUCCGCUCUUCAGUCUUCGAUAAACAGAUUAAAUGUUAUCGACCUCUUGUGUCGCGGAGAUAAAGUGGCCUCCAGUCUCCCUCCUAUCAAUUGGUCCAAGCCAGUCCUGGAUCUGGUAUAUACGCACAUCAAUUCUUGUCUUUCCUUUAUUGCUGAAAACUUUCAUGUUGUGGUGUCGGAUCAAUCAUUUCGUAAUAUGUUGAAAGGCGUUGGGUGGAGUACGCCUCUGUUAGAAAAGAUCUUCACGGCUCUUUGGAAUUCAUUAAACGUUCAGAACUGUUGUGAAAGGUUUAAAGUUACCAUGAGACUACGAAAUGAGAUGGCAAGAAGUGAUUGUGAAGGAGACACAUCUGAGGAAGUGGACAAUCUAAUCGAGAAGCUUCAUACAAGAUGUCAAAACUUCAUCGUUUCUAAUUUGCACCGAGUGUCUCAUACUGACGGCUGGAAGCACCUGAGCCCAAGGACACAAACUGAAAUAAGAAAAUCUGAAGGUGGAAUGUUUGUUGAUGUUGGAUUACCAAGCCAGAGAAAUAGAACCUUCCCCGCGUCAUCCAAGAGUCUUUCAAAUUCACUACGCCCAAGUUCAACAAAACGUCCACUCAGCCAAGCAGGACCACCUAGUAGAAACCAAAAGACGCGAGCCAAAAGUGCUGGUAUACCUACCAGCGCUCAAGAACCCAAGUCGUGGAAACCUGCAGUAGUUAACCAUAAACGGCCGGGGUCCGCAGCGUCUUCAUCUACCUCACUAAGGCAAACCAGGUCCGCUGCAUCUACGUCAUUUAGUAAACCACCAACUGGCUCACGUAACAGUGUACCCCGAACAGGAUUGAGAGAAACUUCAACUGUAAACAAAAAGACAACGAAAGGGGGUGAAAGUAGCAAGAGCGGGAUUGCUUGUGCUGCCUCUUCAAAAACUGGGGAAAGUUGCUCAAAAUCAAUGUUGGUUGACAACAAUGUUGAUAAUGCGAUACAUAGUGGGAUGAAUACAAAAAGAAAAUCCAUGCCUGUUGGAGCUAGCAAUAUGUCCAGUACAUUUAACACGACAAGAAAGUCUAUGUCUGCCGGAGCUAGCAAUUUGUCCACAAGAGUUAACACAACAAGAAAAUCUUUGCCUGCUGGAGUUAGUAAUUUAUCGAGUUCAUUAAACACAACAAAAGCAUCUAUGUCUUCACGAGCUCGCACCUCGUCUUCUAAAGAAAAUACAACGAGAAGGUCUUUGCCUGCUGGAGUUAGUAAUUUAUCGAGUUCAUUGAACACAACAAGAGUAACUAUGUCUUCACGAGCUAGCACCUUGUCUACUAGUAGAGUAAGUACACCAAGGAAAACUAUGCCUGCUGGAGCUGGCAAUGCAUCCAGUUCAGUGAAUACAACAAAAAGAACCGUGUCUGCUGGAAAUAGAAAUACAUCCAGUAAAACAAACACAGCAACAAAAUCUGCAGCGAAGAAUGUGUCCGUUGCAAAUAGAACCAUUAAUAAUCAUGAUAGACAACCUGCGGCUGCAAAUGUUAAUUCUUGUUGGAAUCAAAGCAAUAAAAAAAGACMYUUAAUUGAUACGAAGAGAUCGCAAUUGUCAAAUGUAUCAAAGUCUUCAAGGKUUGGUAGAGAUGUACAUGGCUCUUCAAAGGUCCAUCAAUUGAAGCCAGGGGAAAAGGAAAGGAGAAUAACAAACGUCCCCAAAGCAAAGGUUKCAAGUUGUCAAAAUGAAACCAAAAAGAGGAACGAGAUGGAGACAAAAUCUGAAGUGGUGUCUUUGCAAGUCACUAAAACAGACCAAGUACCAUCAGCGGAGGCAACGCUUGGGCAUAACGGAGCAAACGUGACAUCAUCUAUUAACAGUUCAUUAGCAGGCGAAGGUAAAAUGUCUGAUAAAGUUGACAGUGAAGGCUUAAAGUCCGAGGAAAAUUCUCCUGAAGUUGCUGAUAACCUUUCUGAUACUCUUUCAAAUAUGGCUCUAUCGAAGUCGGACGUCAACAGUCCCAUAAAACCUCCCGGUGGUAUUCGACCAGUCGUUUACAAAGAUGAAGGCAACCUAGAAACAGGAGUUGCUGAUAACCUUUCUGAUACUCUUUCAAAUAUGGCUCUAUCGAAGUCGGACGUCAACAGUCCCAUAAAACCUCCCGGUGGUAUUCGACCAGUCGUUUACAAAGAUGAAGGCAACCUAGAAACAGGAGUUGCUGAUAACCUUUCUGAUACUGUUCCAAAUAUGGCUCUAUCGAAGUCGAGCGUUAACAGUCCCUUAGAACCUUCAGUUGGUCAGCAAGUCGAUUACAAGGAUGAUGGCACCUUAGACACAGAAAUGGCUGAGUUAUCGGCUGCUGAAUGGAAAGAACAUGACACUUCGUCGUCGUCCAAUACUGCUGUCGAAAUUGCUAACACUACCUGGACGAUAGAAUCGGGAGAUUGCACGGAUUUAGGUAACAACAUUCAAAAAGAAACCACGGAAAAUUGCAUAAGCCAAGAAUAUGUCAAUACUUCGCUAAAUACUGCUGAUGACGAUGCAAACAUUACUUGGACCGCAAAAGCCAAUCCAUCAGUGGAUUGUAAUCAUACAGGUAAAGAUGUAAUUGAGAAAAACGCAGGCGCGGUACAAAACAUUUCAUCAACUAUGGCUGCUCCCUCUAAACUUGGCGAUUUGAAUCGGACCAAUGGUGGUGGUGGUGAUGAUGGUACAACGGUGGCACAUCUUGAAAGUGAAGCUCCAACAGUAGAGCUAUCUACGCGUUCUAAUGACGCACGGCAGGACAAUAGUCAAGACUCUGUGUCAGGGAAUCAUUUGAGUACAAGUGAAUCCAGGAAUGACAAAAACGAAGCAACGAAAUCCUUUUGUGCUCUGGAGCAUGAACAGGAAGACACUGUGUCCAACUAAAAGCUAACGAUUUCCGGAAGACCAUCACUUAGCCUGGAUCAGAUGAGCUAGUCUUGGAAAUCAGGAACAGGUCAAUCACUUUUGCCUGAUGGCGAAUCUUAAGGCACGAUAAUUACUAAGGAAUCAGUAAAAACCCGAUAAAAUACUGAAGGUUACUGCAGAAAGUGAUUAAUUCGAAGAACGUUUUGACCACAAUGAACAAUGACAUCAAAGAAGAUCAARCCAUCGUCAGAAUAAAUUUUAUAAAUAAGUUCA